UCGGGACUAGUGAUGAUAUCGUUAAUGAUUAUUCAAUUUUUCGUCGUGAGAGUUGUUAUUGGACAGUAUGAUGUGUCUUACGGAUCGCCGGCAUAUAAACACUGCGUAUGUGGCAAAAAAAAUCCACCCCUCGUUGGUGAUAUCCGCAUAGUAGGUGGAUACACCGUCAAAGAAAGUGAGUACCCCUGGAUGGCAAUGAUAACAGGAAACGGCUCACUAUUGUCCGGCGGUUCCCUGAUAAACGACCGCUAUGUAGUCACUGCUGCACAUUUGCACAGCUUCGGUUUCAGAAUCAACGAGCUGAAAGUUGUCGUAGGCGAGCACGACCGGUGCCGCUCACACAAUCGCACUGUAAUUUUCUCGGUCGAGAGGAUGAUCAAGCACCUGGAGUACAACGCUGACAAUAAUUACGCUGAUAUAAUGCUGAUGAGGUUGAAUAUGAGAGUGACGUUUAAUGAAUUUGUUCGUCCCAUUUGUCUACCACCUUUCGAGCCAUUUGUCAGGACUAGGAAGUUGUACCGCGGGAAAAGUGUAACGGCCGUGGGCUGGGGAUUGGCGGACACGGGCGAGGAGGUUUGCCUUCCGCGAGAGGUGAAAUUGGAAAUUUUUAGAGAUGAGGAUUGCGAUGUGAAGGUUGAGACUCUUAUUUGCGCGGGUACUUACGGGAAUGGGAAGGAUUCCUGCGCUGGGGACAGUGGAGGACCUCUGCAGAUUGUUAACAAACGGGAUAAAUAUGAAUUGUUGGGAAUAGUUUCAUCAGGAGUUGGCUGUGGUACAGGAACCCCGGGAUACUAUACAGAUGUCCCCAGGAUGGUCCCCUGGAUAAUGAAAAUGACCACACGUGACUCUAUGUACUGCUGGCGUUAGAAUCCGAAAGUCUGCCAACUAGCUUCCCCCAGGCUGAAACCCGAAAGUAUUCCUCGUAAUGGACCAGUGCCCGGAAUAUCCAUCUUACGAUAUACUUCUGGGUCACGUUAUAAACGAAGAGAGGAUAUACUUCUGGGGUCGUUAUACACGAAGAGAGGGUGCUUCACUUUCGGGGGAAUAAAUACUUAAAUACUUUACGGGUCCGCAGAGACCAAUUUCAGGGGUGAAUAUCCUUUGAGACGCUCAAUAUAUAUGACUGGAACGUCCUGUAGGCAUAUGGAAUCUCUUCCUUAUUCUAUUCUUCAUAAUUUGUAGAAAUACACACGAUUUAAUAGAAACAACUAGCGAAUUUGAUAAAAGAUUCUAUUGAAUUUUAAGGAAAUUCUGUUAGUUUUUCGUCUAUUCUAUUGAAGAA